CUUCCAUCCAACAUAAUAUCAGAGCACAGCAAGCCAAUCAUAUUGUCAAUCUCCCUCGUAGACUUGAUUUUGUUCUUCGUAGCCCUACUCUACUCUUGUUAAUUCUUUCUCCCUAACAAUCCUAGAAAACUAGAAAUGGCUUCCAUCUCACAAUUCCAUCGAUUUCCAUGCAACACUCUCUCUAGUUCUACGCCUCCUCCCAACUCCCAGUCCACUUCCACUCCCUCACUUCUCCCUGUAUGCUCGAUCAACGCCCCCAAUUCAAUCUCCAGAUCAAGACUACUCGCCUCCAAUCCUGUCAAGCCAAGGUCCCUUUCCUUGGUUCGGGCGGCGGACAUCAACGACGAAUGGGGUCCUGAGGAGGAGGGUUCUGCCUCUGGAUCUGGCUCUGCGGUUGCGCUGGCAGGGGAGGACAAGCCUAAGGAUUUAACGGAGAUUGAUCGUCUCAAGAAACAGUUGGUGGAUUCGUUUUAUGGGACCAAUCGUGGAUUGAGUGCCAGUAGUGAGACUAGAGCUGAGAUCGUCGAGCUUAUUACACAGCUUGAAGCCAGGAACCCGACCCCGGCACCUACUGAGGCCCUGUCUCUGCUCAACGGCAAGUGGAUUCUCGCGUACACUUCCUUUGCAGGUUUAUUUCCACUGCUUUCAAGGGGGACAUUUCCAUUGUUAAAGGUGGAAGAAAUAUCGCAAAUUAUUGAUUCAGAGACUUUCACUGUCCAGAACUCUGUCCAGUUUUCCAGCCCACUAGCUACUACUUCCAUCAGCACCAAUGCUAAAUUUGAAGUGCGAAGCCCAAAGCGUGUGCAGAUCAAGUUUGAAGAAGGGAUCAUUGGGACUCCCCAGUUGACAGACUCCAUAGUAUUACCAGAAAACGUGGAAUUUCUAGGGCAAAAGAUUGACCUCACACCCAUCAAGGGUUUAAUAACUUCUGUACAAGACACAGCAUCAUCAGUAGCAAGGACCAUUUCAAGCCAACCACCAUUGAAGAUUCCCAUCUCAAACAGCAAUGCUCAAUCAUGGUUGCUGACCACAUACCUUGAUGAAGAGCUUCGAAUCUCGAGAGGUGAUGCUGGCAGUGUUUUUGUUCUCAUCAAGGACGGCAGCUCACUCUUGACUCCCUGAAUGAAGUUGAUUUAAUGAAUCUUCCUCUUGAUUAUGGAAGUGCUGGUUUCCCAAUGAUAUGAUGUGAUUAUGCAAUAAUGUAUACAAGUGCGUGUUAUUAAAAUACGAAACAAUAAGCCAAUAGUGUCUCAAAAGCAUGUAAAUCGCAGGGCCUUUCCUGCCAGAAUACAAAUGCAUACAUAGAACUUAAAUUUUAGGUUAAA